AUGCCUCUCGAGUACCGUCUGCGAACCUGUGGUGAGCUCUGCAGUGGGCUCUUCUCUUCCGCCUACCCCACCACGUCAGGACCAUUAGGCGAGACCAUCAAGUUGCACUCCUUCCCAUCAAUAGACUCAGCAGACACAGACCGGAAGCGCGUGAUAAUUGGUCACAUCAUCUCAACCAAAGCAAACUCCCCUCUUGUCACCGACGAUGCCAUGGACUACCCCAAGGACUGGAAAACCAACUAUCAACUUACGCCAAAUGUAGGGCACAACGAAGAUGGUCAGACAGUCUGUCUGCACUCGUUAUGUGUACAUCCAAACUUUGCGCGCAAAGGUCUCGGCUCGAUAUUACUGCAGAGCUAUGUACAGAGGAUCAAGGAUUCAGGUGUGGGUUCUAGGAUAGCGCUCAUCUGCAGAGACCGGUAUAUACCUUUCUAUGAGAAGGCAGGAUUCAAGAAGAUUGGUCCCAGCAAAUGCCAGUAUGGUGGAGGGAACUGGGUAGACAUGGUACUGGACUUUGAAGACAGUGGGGAUGACGGAUGGGAGUACUAA